AUGCACCUUGCCGAGUAUCUUUUCCGCCGUAUAUACGAGCUUAACAUUAGGGCCGUAUUUGGUGUACCGGGGGACUUCAACCUGGUUGCUCUAGAUCUUAUCAAAAAAUGCGGUCUCAGCUGGGUUGGAAAUGCCAAUGAGUUAAAUGCUGGUUAUGCCGCUGAUGGGUAUGCCCGAGUCAAGGGUAUAUCUGCUAUUGUCACCACGUUCGGGGUUGGCGAGUUGUCGGCUUUGAAUGCUCUUGCAGGCGCCAGUGCUGAGCUUGUUCCUGUUAUACAUAUUGUCGGAUUUCCAUCAACCGCUGUGAAAGAUAAGCGAUUGCCUAUGCACCAUACACUGGGAGAUGGAGACCAUGACCUGUUCAUGGAAAUGAGUGCUCGCCUCUCUGGCGCUGUUGCCGUGCUAGAUUCUGCAAAAGAUGCGCCGAAGAUGAUCGACGACACCAUCAUAGCUUGUGUUCGCUCCAGCAAGCCCGUUUACAUUGGGCUUCCGAUGGAUUUUGUCAUGGUUGAUGUUGACGCGUCUUCUCUCGCAACGCCCCUUCCCCUCGAAGACCCCCAGGCGAAUCCUAUUGCUGAAGAAGAUGAUGCUGUCACUGCUGUCAUGGAGCGCAUUGCGAUGGCCCGGAAUCCCGCUAUUUUGGUUGACAGCCUGGCUGGGCGGUGGCACGGCUUGCAACCAACCAGAGCAUUUGUGGAGAAGUCCAACAUCCCAUGCUAUUCAUUUCCGAUGGCCAAAGGGAUCAUUGAUGAGAGCCUUCCAAACUUUCGUGGAAUCUACUCUGGAAGUGUUUCUGAGGAUGGGGUUCAGGAGCAAGUUCAGGAGAGUGACCUUAUUAUCCACAUUGGACCUCGACCUACAGAUCUCAACACGGCUGGAUUCAAAAGUGACUUGCCGCAUAUUGAGACCAUCAGUUUUCAUCGAGAUUCAAUUCAUCUGAGAAAAGCUGAUUUCUCAGGCCUUCAUAUGAAUGGAGUUCUGAGGAGGCUUUCCGAAUCAUUCUGCCCUACUAGAUCCAAUUCUACGUCAUCAACAUCUGGUUCUUCAUCUCAAAAGAGUGAAGAAAGUGCAGAAACAGAACCAGGAAUUGAUAUUGGAGAUUCAAUGGAUGCAAUCCUUGGGCGAAAGGUCAAAUCUAGUCCAGUGGUGACCCAAAAUCGAAUGUGGAAGCGAGUCAGUUCUUGGCUGGAAGAAGACGAUAUCAUUUCAUUGGACAUCGGAACUUCGGCGUUCGGUUCAUUGUGGACAAGACAUCCUCGUGGAACAGAAUCGUUAUUCCAACUCCUAUGGUCAUCCAUCGGGUUUGCUUUAGGGGCAGCUGUAGGUGCAGCUUUCGCUGCAAGAGAACAAGAGGCCGAAAGCACUCCUUCCCGAAAGCGACGCACGAUCCUUUUUACUGGCGAUGGAAGCUUCCAGAUGACAGCCCAGGAAGUAAGUACUAUGGUUCGUCACAAACUCGGAGUGAUUAUUUUCGUUAUCUGUAACGAUGGUUACACAAUCGAACGCAUGAUUCAUGGCUGGGACAAGAGCUAUAAUGAUAUUCAACCUUGGGAUUUUAAGCUUUUACCAUCCGUGUUUAAGCCAGACCCAGACACAGUGCGGACAUAUUGUGUUCACACUGAAGCGGAACUCGAAGAUGUGCUCACAGACGCCCAGUUUGGGCCUGCCAAAAAUUUCGAGGGUCAAGAGUACACACCAUUGCGUCUGGUGGAGAUUCAUAUGGCCAAGGAGGAUGCUCCGCGGUCAAUGCAUAAUAUCAUUGAUGCCAUAUGUCGACAGAAAAAGUGA